AUGGUGGCCGAUCGAUCCGUCUCCCCCAGCAUGGACAGCGACAGCAUCUCGAGCCCCAUUCCCAACGGGGUGACUUCGCAUCCACGGGGCAGCCUACCUCCCUUCGAAAACGACCCUCGACCCAAUGGCUCUGCUGCGCAGCGUAAAUGGUCCAAUGCUACUGCUCCUCCUCACCGUAUCUGCAUUCCGCCCACCGGUAUCUCCGUUCCUGCUCCUACAUCUAUCCCGAUGGACCAGUACCAUGCUCACCGCGCGAGCUUUUCUGGUGCUGUGCGGCCAACUUUGCCGCCCCAUGUCCUCGAGAGCGGCCAGCAUAUGAUGAACAAAACCGCUGCAGAGUUGCUCUCUCCUGCAAUUAGCAAUACCCAUGAUGCCCUGCAUCUUCUCUCUGAGGCUGCCGGCAGGACAGAGGACCUAAAUCGUCAGCAGAUGGAAUACCAGUACAAUGGACGACAGUCCUCUACUUCGACGUUCGCAUCUGUCUCCCCAGGCCAGCAGAAUGGCACACCAGGUAGAGCUAGCAGGUCAAACUCGACAACCCAACAGGGUGCUGGAAUGAGCUGGUAUAGCCAGAACAAGGGUGGCUCUCCUAGCGUCGAGGUCCUUGUCGAAGGCACAGACGCUGGCCUAAGUCCUCCCAGGGCAACCCAGGAUCUCGACUACAGCAAGGCUCGCAGGGCUUGGUCAAGACUACGAUUUAUUCGCGCUGGCUGGUUUAGUGUGGAUGAAGCAAUGUCCUAUAUCGAGUACUACUAUGAACACCUUGCGCCAUUAACCCCCAUUGUCUUGAAAAAUUAUAGCUCCCCAUCUACACAUCUUACUCUUUUAACGGAAGAGCCAGUGUUGACUGUCACAAUGCUCACCAUUGCCUCUCGACAUAUGAAACUCUCUGGCAACGGUGCUAACUCACGAGCGUACUCCAUCCAUGAAAAGUUGUGGUCAUAUCUUAGAGGUAUGAUUGAGCGUCUAUUCUGGGGUCAAGAGAAGUUUGGUGACUGCGGUGGUGCCUCGGCACCUAGGCAGUUUGAUGCCUCGAACCCACUAUCCGCUGGACAGGGGCAACGGGGUGGUGGCCAGCUGAGAUCUAUUGGAACCGUCGAAGCCUUGCUGCUGCUCACAGACUGGCAUCCGCGCGCCCUUCACUUUCCACCAGGUGAUGACGAAAACACUCUGCUCGAUGUUGACCCACAGCAGCUCAAUUAUUUUGAUGGAGAGGGUGACGACCAUUUCCAUGAUCAUCCAGGCAAGGGUCAAGGUGGACCAGGCGAAGGCCGCCUUGCAUUUUACAAGUGGCUUGAACCUGUAUGGCGCUCUGAUCGGAUGUCGUGGAUGCUCUUGAGCACUGCCCAGGCUCUUGCCUUUGAGCUCGGCAUCUUCGACCAGAAAAAUGACCUCCGAGCAUCUACCGAAUCAUCCUGUGAGAUGGCCAGGAAACGCCGCCUACGCCGACUGAUCCUUGUCUACGUAUCGCAAAGCAGUGGCCGCUUGGGGAUCCCAUCCAUGCUUCCCCUCCCACAAUGGAACCAGAACACUGAACCUCUGCGUGCAGAGGACAUGCAGUCGCCCAACUUCCAUGAGGAUUACAUGAUUGACAUGAUGCAAGAUUGCUGGAUGGAUAUUUCCAAGAUCAUGUAUAACAGCAACCAGGUUCUUUUCCUGUCCAAGGAACUGACCACCAACUUGAUCAAGAGUGGCCAAUACCGAGACCGGAUCGAUGAGUUUACCCCUUCUCUAAGAGACUUUAAGGCAAAACUCGACAAGCUUUCAGCUCUCCAAGCCGUCGUUGAACGAUGGACUACAAUGAAUGAUGCUGGUUCACACACCAACCAGAACCAUGCUAACGGAACGACGAACGGAACUACCAAUGGGACCGGCCCUGGCGCUGGAACUGUUCCCCUCCAGGUUCUUCUGGAGCAGUAUGAAGUCAAUGAACCAUAUAUCCAGGAAGUUGUCGAUGCUUCUCGCCGGAUUUUACAGAUUGUACUCGAGGGGUUUGUUCCAGGGGAUAUUCUAAAGCAUGCACCAGUCAGGACAUAUUUUAGAAUCCUCUCUGGAAUGAUCUUUAUUCUAAAGACCUUCACCCUUGGUGCCAAAGAGGAUGAUGUUAGAGUAUCCCUUGAAUUACAGGAUCGAACUAUCGAAUGUCUUCGAACCUGCGUCGUGGAUGAUGUCCACCUCAGUGUUACGAUAGCCGAUCUCCUCCAGUUGCUCACUUCAAAUAUUCGCAAUCGAUUCCUGCGGUUUGCUCCCUUCGAUCGUGUCGGCGAGUCCGCCAGCAGGCACCAGUCCCCUGUACCAACAUCUGAGCAGGAAUCUCGAGAUCAACAGCAACAUCAGUCCAAUGAGCAUAAUGACUGUCGUUGGCAGCAAAACCAUACCAACGGAACCCCGAGCACCUCCGGCUUUUCAUUCGACAACCACCACCCCACCUCUGCCCCCCCAACGUCUCAUCAUGACCCCCUAGCCAACAUCCCCGUCCAACCCAUCAACUCCUCCAACAUCAACGUCUCUUUCAUGCCUCCUCCCCCUUCCGUGUACUACAACUACUAUGACCCUAGCUCAACCUCACCCAAGAUGGAAAUGGAUGAAUCCUCUUCCACCGUUGCACCCUCAGCUAUCAACACAAGCGCUCCAAGCGGCAAUAAUACACAAGCAAACUCAAAUAGCAUGUCGGACUGGUUUGCCCUCCCACUCGAUCAGUUUUUCAACAGUUCUACUGCAGGAGUUGACCAGGGUCUCGGAGGUACUGGCCCAAUGGUGGGCGAAUUCGACAUGUUGGAAGUCCUGCUCAAAGAGCAAUAUACUGGCGACAACAACGCAAACGGUACUAGCACCAAUGGACAGGCCCCUAUUGCUGCCAUUGCUACAAAUGGCGGUGGGAUGACGUCUCAUUUCCUGUAA